GCUGAAGCUGGGCACUCAGCUGGGAGAGAAGCUCAGCACUGGAGGAAAGUACCUUCGAGAAGUUAUCCCGCCAGCGUGGCUUUGUUGUUCUGUCAGUAACUGUGUGUUUUGCUGAUGGGCAGCUAAUGCCUGGAUCUGACGGAAGCUCAGAGUGAAAGGAACUGGCAGAAAUUGGAGGAUGGCAGUGUGACGGUUUUCAGUACUUUCUCAAGACAUCGGUGACCCCAACAAGCAAAAUGGAAAUUUCUGGUUAUUUUUUCAAAACUGAAAGCCCAUGGAAGAAUGACUCUGGUCCCGAGAUCCUAAGGUGCUGAAGAGUUUGAGAUUUGCUACCAUCCCCGGGGGCAUUGGCGGGCUCUCGAUGCCCACAUGGUCGGACAGCCCGGGUACCGCGCUCCAGCUUCUCCGCAUCCUUCUGCUCCUCGUGCUGGAAUGUCGGCGCGGCUCUGAUCCGGAGGUCAGCUGAAGUGGAAAACGUGCAGGCAAGUCUGGAUAAGCCGGGCCAACGAGUUUCAAUGCUCCUUCUCAGUUUAAGAUGAAGUUAUGGACGUGUGCCACCGCCACUUUGAUCUUCUGUGCCGCAGCACUCUUCCUCUUCCUCACUAGAGCCUGGCUCCAUCUCGAGCUGCGGCCUCCACGGUCUGUCACUUUGGGCCCGUCGUCACCACAGUCAUCGUCAUCUUCAUCCUCGGGUUCCUCGCCCCCCAUGAUGGACAAACAUAGUCGCACGAGGAGAAGUACAGACACCUUCAGUUCACUCCUCAAGGAAUUCAUCCACCUGUUACAGAGCUUCACAGAAGGUGAGCUAAAACAAAUAAUUGGGACCUUCGUGGAGAGGAGGGCCAGGAGAGACCUUUUGGGACCUGGCAAGAACAGGAGGAGCAAACGGGCUAAAGGCAGAGUGAAAGGAUGCUCGCUGAGGCACGUGGACGUCACCGUGAGCGACCUGGGUCUGGGCUACGUCAGCGACGAAACCCUGCGCUUCAAGUACUGCAGCGGAGGGUGUAGCGCACACAGACGCAACUACGACAUCACGCUGAAGCACAUAAAGAACGCAGGUCUUCUCAAGGCAGCGAACAGCGGCAAGGCCCGGUACAAACCCUGCUGCCGGCCCACGGAUUACGACGAUGACAUUUCUUUCCUGGACAACAAUAACAAAUACCACACUAUUCACAAUGUGUCAGCCAGCCAGUGCAGCUGCGUGUAGAAUUUUUUAUAUACGUCAAAAAUGCGAGAAGUAAAAACCUGGUAUACAAGUAUUGCCUUUCAUGGAAUACCUUCCUACUAGUACUGUACACUGUUUUUACAUAAAAAUAUUUGGCUGGCAGAAUGAAGUUUACUGGACGUGAACUCAUAUGUAUUUUUAUUUUGGCUGAAUGCUUAAUUUGCAGCCUUUGGUUUGUCAGUUUGAAAUCUACCUCAAUGUCACCGAAAGCUCAUAAUCAAAACUUGCCUGUCAGUUUCAAUAGCUUCUCAAAACAGGAAUAAAGGUGUUAUGGGGUAAAAUUACAAUUGUUACAUCACUAUGAUCCAUCUUUUUUGUUUGCAACAUUGAAAUCCUUGUAAAUAUUAUUUGAAUGAUUGAGAAAAGAGAUUUAAUUUUUCAUAAUAAGGUUUUAAUUGUUGUUUGUUUUAUCCUGAAAGUAUUGCCAAGUCACAGUCGUAUUGCUAUCAUGCAAUAUUCAUGUUAUUAUAAUAUUCCAAGCUAAUGCAAUCCAGAGUUCCAAAAUCAGCUGUUCCUGGCACCUAAUUUUUCUGAGUCUUCUGUCCAUAGAGUCGACUCCAUCUCCGCGUUUUCAUCCUCCACUUACUACAGAAACUGUGCAGAAGAGUGUCAACCAGAAGUAAUAUGAAUCAUGCAAAAUUCAUAAACCUGUGAAUCACAUAGAGAUGCACUAUUUGCUUGCUCAUGAAAUAAGUUUCAAGGCUAGACCAUCACGCAAUGUCCCUCGUGUUUUUUGGGGAUCUAGGAAGACCACCUUCAUGAUAUCCAGUGGAAAAAUGUAUUCAAUCAAAGUACUAAUAUGAAACAAACAAGAUGACACAACCUUGUUUGAUAAUAUUUAGACUGAUAUUGGUUAAAUGCAUUGAUAUUACAUUGUAAAUGUGACUGCUGAAUGUACUUCAAAGAAGUCACUUUGUAUUUCAAUUUAGCAACAGUAAAUCAUAGCAUUCGUGUUAAUCCUGUAAUACACUACUUCAUACCUGUCUCAUUGAAAGAUGUUAUACUUAAGAAAAUUAUCAAACCAAACUAUUUAUAAUUGUUAUCAACAAAACACUGGAAACGAGUUUUCACAUUAUAAAUUAAAUAAAAUAAUAUUUUAAAUGUU